UGCAGCGGGCGGGCGGAAGUACGUCACUCCCCCGCUGGCUGGCGGGAAGAGGCUGGGCCUCCCCUCAGCAUGGCGGCGGUGGUUGGGCUGCGGGUGGCGGCAUGGCGGCUGGGUGUCGGCGUUCCGGCGCGCAGGGCGUUUUGGGGCGGCUUGAGGAAAGAGGAAAAAGAAGUAGAAGUAGACAAAGUAAUUCCUCAAGAGAAAAGUGAACCCAGCCUGAUCUGUCCCCCACCACGCAGCAGGAGCUAUCUUCCCCCAGAGGAUAUACAGUGCUGUAUUGAGUCUCACGUCAAGGAGGUUUUUGGACCCUCACUUCCUGAUAAAUGGCAGCAGACACCCCUCAAAGAGAACAGGUUAAAGUAUCGCCUCCUGGCUCAGCUGGCAGCAGAACUUGGUCACGCUGUCCCCAAUUCACAGCUCCACCUGAUGCGCAGUGCUGAGGAUGUCUUGAAUUUCUAUAGCACUCCUGUGAAGGAUGCGUCCAAGUUUGAUGAACUGUGCGCUGCAGAGCUACCCCCAAACCUGAAGAUCACCUGGCAGCAGUGAGUCGCGCUACGAAUCAUUGCUUUGCUUUGUCUGUGCUCCUAAGGCAGGUCGGCAGAGCAGAAGCAGAGCCCUUUCCUUGUUGUAUUGACCGAAUACAUAAAUAUCACUAAUAAAAGUUCAUUUAAUUGUC